GGUUCUCUAACGCUAACGCACGUGUUUGAAAUCGAUUUCAAUUAUUCUGCAAUUGCCCUCAGUGAAGCAACAAGCGGAGAGGUUGCAUUUUGAAGCACGUUUUUCCAGUAAAAGUAUACAAUAUACAAGCCAAUAUGACUGAGGAAGUGAAUCCCAAGGCAUUCCCGCUGGCCGAUGCCCAGCUCACCGCCAAGAUCAUGAACUUGCUGCAACAGGCAUUGAACUACAAUCAACUGCGCAAGGGAGCCAACGAGGCCACCAAGACCCUCAAUCGCGGACUGGCCGAUAUUGUGGUGCUGGCCGGUGAUGCGGAGCCCAUCGAGAUUCUGCUCCAUUUGCCGCUCCUGUGCGAGGACAAGAACGUGCCCUACGUCUUCGUUCGUUCCAAGCAGGCCUUGGGUCGUGCGUGCGGAGUUUCCCGUCCAAUCGUCGCCUGCUCGGUGACCACCAACGAGGGCAGCCAGCUCAAGUCGCAGAUCACCUCCAUCCAGCAGGAGAUCGAGCGACUGCUAGUCUAGUAACCCUUUAGAUUUAAGUGAACAGUCGUACAAAAUGGUAAUUUCAAAUUGAAAUUUUGAA